CAUAAUAUUGUAAUUUUAAAAAUAUAGUAAAUUGUAAAAUUGUUAUUACUUAAUGCUUAAUUCAAAUAUCAACAUUUAAAAACCAUGAUGUGUCAAAUUCUGACUUUGGAGUACUGAAUUAUUGACUAUUGGUAGAAUAUCAAUAUUAUAUAAUAUUGAAUUUACACUUAAAAGCUUAAAAGUCACAGAGAAGGAUAUUGAAUAUCGAAUUUGAUAAAGCCAGAACAAUAACAAUGUAUUGUUCCAUUCUUCAAAUUUAAUUCAUAAUUUCUGUAAACCUUUUCAUUUAAGACCCAAAUUGAAAGAGAAAUGUCUAAUAAAGAUGAUUUAGAUUAUGAUGUAGGUAGCUACAGAUGUGAAGGCUCAGUAGAGCAUUUUAGUUUCAGAAUAUGUUUAGAAAUAUCCCGUACUUCAUUUCACCAUAAAAAUACUGAGAUCGAAAAAAAGUACACAAAAAGGAUAGAAAAAGUUUUUCAUUGGAUGGAAAAAACAUCAGAUGAGCCACAAGAUCAAAAUGAUUUAGAAGAAACGUCUUCAUCAAUUGAAGGAAAACUUUUAGAUAGCCAUUUGAAAACCGAAUUUAAUCAGCAACACAAUGGUCGUACAAUUCUGCAUGAUAUUAUGAGUCAUGAUAGUUCACUCACUGAAUCAUUUAAGAAAAUGAGCUUAAUGAAGGACCAUAAAAAAAAUGUACAUUUUUUUACUAAAAACGUUAUUGAUAAUUCACCAUCUGACAUUUCAAAAUUGCAAAAUAGAUUACCAAAUUUCAAUCAAAUAAUGCAUGUUCUUCUUGACCUUGGAAGUAAUGGUACAGAAAAUGAAGGAAAUAAUCUUGUGUUAGCUUCAUUGUAUUGGAAUCCAAACAGUCAUAUUAUGACAAUAUUUCCUAAUUUUACGACUAACAAUUGUUCAGGAUAUAUACUUCCAAUUAGUACAGUGAAAGAUUCAUGUUUUGAGUACAGAUUUUGGAUAGAAAAUCUAUCAAAUGAAUCUCUAGAACUAAUUGCUGAUACUGUAAAUUUUCAUCUACUCAAAUUCGAUCACUAUGACUUUUAUAUACCAGAGACUGAUACUAUUGAAAUAUUUGCUGAAAUAACUUCUGCUAGUGGAUUUGAAUAUGACAAUUUAUUUAUUCGUUAUUUUAUUGAUCUUCCUUCAGGAUGGAAAUGUGCUAAUACUAAUUCACUUAGUGGAACCACUCAUACAUGUCGACGAAAUAACAAUAAGACAUCUAUAUUUUCACAUCUAUUCAAUGUUACAGUAGUAUUACCAAAAACAAUUGAUCAGCCUACAGAUCAAAAUAUUAACUCUGCAUUUAUAACAUUUAUUAUUUAUUCAAUUGAUUCAUGGAACAAAGAACGAGUUGAAGGAUAUGCAUCAUAUCAAAUUCCGAAAUUCUCUACACCAAAAUCAUAUAAAAACAAUAUUAAAUUAGAAGCGUGGUUACCAAAAUCUAGAAGUUGUGUUGAUAAUUUACGUAGAUAUUUCAUUGGUGGAACUGUAAAGUUGGCUGAACCUAAUUAUAUAAGUGUACCCACCAAUUUCAAUGAAAAGUUGUUGAGUAAAUUUGGAAUGGAAGUAGAACAUAGAGGUACAUUGGAUAUUACAUUAAGUAAUCUAAUGCAGCGUUGUAAAAGCAUUAAUAAUACUGAUAACAAUAUUAAUCCUAGUGACAUUGUAUCUGCUCAAGCGCUAGUAAAAAGUGUCAACAAUGUAAUGGCUAGUUUCAAAAGAGCAAGACAGAGAAUGCUUUUAGCUUGCCAGCCAAUAUUAAGUCCAUCACAUAAUUAAUCCCUAUUUAUAAACUAAGUUAUUACUAAUUAUAAAAUAAUUAAAUUCACUCUAGUCAAUGUUUAAGGUUCAAACACAUAUAUAUUUUUAAUAAAAAAAUAUUUAUACUUCUAUAAUAUGGCUCAAAUUAUAUUUUCAUAUUAUUUAGAAUAAUGCCAAGUUGAGGCAUAGUGUUUUCACUACAUUUUAAUUAUUAUUGGUUAUCUUCUUAUAUAAAAUAUAAAUUAAAUUAUUGGUCAAUAUUUGUUUGUAAAAAUACAUAUAUAUUUUUAAUAAUUCUUAUAUUAUACAAUUAUUUUAUUGCAAAUUUUCUAUUGUUUUUAAAAAGUUAUAAAUAUUUUUAAUUUCAUAUUUAAAAGCACAAUAUAUUUCUGAAAAUAUAUGAAUAUCCUCAGUAUAAAAUAUAGUAUACAAUAUAACUCAUUUAAUGUAUAACAUAAUAUAAGCAUACAUUUCUAUAUAAGAUAAGUAGUAACAGAGUAGGCUACUUUAAAAAACUGUGGUUCACUCAUAAGUUAAAAAUUCUAUGUUUUACUCUGCAAAUUAUUUAAAAAAUAAAAGAUUGUUUUUUUUUGCGAAAA